AUCAGACUUUGAAGCAGCAAGAAAUGGUUAAAGAACGAACUUCCCAACAAAACCCAACAAAUAUCCAUUUUGUUGACAUCCAUGAAGUAGUUCCUGAAGAAGAGGAAGAGGACCAAGAAGAAGAAGAAAAACAAGCUCAUAAAAUGGCUGAAAAGCCACACGAGAAGCGAUUAAACCGGCCACAGGUGAUCAAGCUUCGAGAAGGCAAAAGAACUGCUGCUCAUAGGGGUUUCAGCAGGCAAGUUUCGCUAGAAACAGGUGUGUCGAAGCUUAAUGAAGCACGGAAUGAGAUAAAAGCGCUUCCACGAAGUGGUAGGAGUUUUGGAGGGUUUGGUUCGUCUCAUGGAGUCGACACUAAUUGCAAGAGAGGUGAGUUUAAUAUGUUCAGGACGAAAUCUACUCUCGGAAAGCAGAAUUCUUUCAUGUUGCCAUUGAGAAAAGAAAGUGGGGUUGAUCAGUUUCAGAAGAAUGCCGAUGAGGGUGUUGGACUUCUUGAUGAAUCUGUUAAUAAAAGUGUUCCUGCUGGUAGAUACUUUGCUGCUCUUACAGGACCUGAACUUGAUCAAGUCAAGGAGUCGGAAGACAUCCUUCUGCCCAAAGACAAACAGUGGCCGUUUCUUCUCCGAUUCCCAAUUGGUUGUUUCGGUAUGUGUCUAGGCCUGAGCAGCCAGGCAAUCCUAUGGAACAGCCUUGCAAUUAGCCCAGCCACCAAGUUUCUCCAUAUUCCACCAUACAUCAACCUUGUCCUUUGGAUCUUAGCCUUAGUGGUCCUCGUAUGUGUCACUACCACUUACCUCCUCAAAUGCAUAUUCUACUUCGAAGCCAUCAGACGAGAAUACUUCCACCCUGUUCGUAUCAACUUCUUCUUUGCGCCAUGGGUCGUCUGCAUGUUCUUAGCCAUAGGAGCUCCACCAAUGAUAGCUCAAAAGCCUCUUCACCCAGCCUUAUGGUGUGCCUUCAUGAUUCCAUAUUUCCUUCUUGAGCUCAAGAUCUAUGGCCAGUGGCUUUCAGGAGGGAAGAGAAGGCUUUGCAAAGUGGCUAACCCUUCUUCUCAUUUAUCAGUUGUGGGAAACUUUGUUGGGGCAGUUCUGGCUGCGAAAGUUGGAUGGAAUGAAGCAGGAAAGUUUCUUUGGGCGAUUGGGUUCGCACAUUAUCUGGUUCUUUUUGUGACAUUGUAUCAGAGAUUGCCAACGAGUGUAGCACUGCCAAAGGAGCUACACCCGGUUUAUUCCAUGUUUAUCGCAGCUCCAUCGGCUGCUAGCAUUGCUUGGGAGGCUAUCUAUGGUGAAUUUGAUGGUUCUGCAAGGACUUGCUACUUCAUUGCACUAUUCCUCUAUAUUUCUCUAGUGGUUCGCCUCAAUUUCUUCUUAGGAUUCAGGUUUUCAGUAGCAUGGUGGUCUUACACCUUCCCUAUGACUACAAUUUCGAUUGCUGCAAUCAAAUAUGCAGAAUAUGUACCUAGUGUCGAAAGCAAAGGGAUUGCAUUGACUCUAUCGUUUCUCUCAUCAACCAUGGUGUUUGUCCUUUUUGUGUGUACCUUUCUCCACGCCUUUUUUUGGCAAACAUUGUUCCCUAAUGAUCUCGCCAUUGCAAUCACCAACACAAGACAUAUCAAAGAGAAAAAACCUAUAAAUCUCAAGCGAUGGGCAAAGCAAUCGUUGGUCUCGAUAAAGAAGAACGGUGCAGGAGAUAAGAACACACUCGAGAAUGAAUAAAAGCAAAUCAAAAAUCGAUUGAAGCGAUUCUUAUAGGCAAUGUAAAGCCAUUUAUAGUUUGUGAUUUCAUAUGAAUGUAUGAACGAUUCCGAUCUAUCAUCAAAUGCAAA